AUGUUCUCUGCCAUGCUGAUGGACGCCUACCGCGACGAACGCCCCGGGAUCCGCAUCGCCUACAGGACGGACGGUCAUCUCCUGAAUCAACGGCGCAUGAACUUCCGAUCGCGUGUAUCCACAGCCACCGUGCACGAACUCCUCUUCGCCGACGACUGCGCCCUGAACACCACCUCAGAAGAGGAGGUGCAACGGAGCAUGGACCUAUUCUCCGCCGCCUGUGUGAACUUUGGGCUGGUAAUCAGCACGCAGAAGACGUUGGUGAUGCACCAACCUCCGCCCAAAUCAGCCACAGCCCCCAACGCGUCGCCGCAAAUCAGCGUGAACGGAACCCAACUGCAAGUGGUAGAGAACUUCCCGUACCUGGGAAGUACCCUAUCUCGCAACACCAAGAUCGAUGACGAAGUCGCCAACCGAAUCUCGAAAGCCAGUCAAGCCUUCGGUCGCCUCCAAAGCACCGUUUGGAAUCGUCAUGGUCUCCAGCAGAGCACGAAGCAGAAGAUGUACAAGGCCGUCAUCCUGCCGACGCUACUGUACGGAGCAGAGACCUGGACGGUGUACACGAGGCAGGCACGUCGACUAAACCACUUCCACCUCAGCUGUCUCCGCCGCAUCCUGAGGCUGAACUGGCAGGACCGCAUCCCCGACACCGAAGUGCUAGAACGGACGGGAAUUCUAAGCAUCUACUUCAUGUUGAGACAAAUGCAGCUUCGCUGGAGCGGCCAUCUGGUGCGCAUGGACGACGAGCGACUACCCAAACGACUCUCCUACGGAGACGUCGCGACGGGUUCUCGUCGUCAACGAGGCCAAAUUCGCCGAUACAAGGAUACUCUGAAGUCCUCCCUGAAGCGCCUGCACAUCAACCCGACCAACUGGGGAGAGCUCGCCCGCGAUCGUCCGACAUGGAGGAGAACAGUGAAGACAGGCGCUGCUAUCUAUGAAGCCAACCGAAUCGCCGCCGCCAAAGCGAAACGGGAAGCCCGCAAAUCACAAAUUCGCCCAAUACGCAACGCCACCGCACAACCGCUUCCAACGUGUCCUCGAUGUCAACGGACAUUCCGGGCACGAACCGGACUUGUUGGACAUCUUCGAACCAACUGCACCUCUCGCACUGCUCCAGCCAUCGCCCCCCAGCCCGCCGAUUCCUCGUCCUCCCUGCCGCCAACUAACUCUGACACUCCUUCUGCACCACCACUUCCAUCCUCCUCCUUCUCCUCCACUGCCCCAGCGGCGGCCGUUCAGACUGCCGUCUCACAAAUCACCAACCCCAACUCAACAACCGACAUCACCUCUCCCACCUCUCCCGAUUCCAGUGAUGAGGAUCAGGACUACACCUGCUCUCACUGCGACCGCACCUUCACCUCUCGCAUCGGCCUGGUCGGUCACUUGCGAAUCCAUCGCACAGAGACUGGCGAACCAGUGCCUGGAGCACCAACCUAUACCCACCGCACUCGCCUCCACUGCCCACACUGCCCUCGCACCUUCACGCAUCGCAUAGGUCUAUUCGGCCACAUGCGCAUCCACGACGACCUGCGGUAG